AUGACUGACUACGCUGAUAUUAUUUCUCAAGAACUCGAAAUCGUUUCCAGAUUAGAAGAAAAUUUCUAUACUUUAAUUCCAAGUGACUUAUAUGUCCACCCAGAAAAAUAUGGUACUGGUGAUGCUUGGUUCAAAAGUUUCACUAAAAUCUUCACCAAUUCUGAUUUUUUGGCCUUAUCAAGUAUGGGAGCUGUCGAUUUUGAUAGUGAAGCAUUCACUGGUUUUGCUGGUGAUUUUAAUAGUGACGCAUUCACUGGUUUUGCUGGUGAUUUUGAAACUAAUGAUGCUGUGGAAAGUGGACUUGAUUUAUUAACAUCAAGUUUAGACGACUUGGCUUCAAAUGCUGACGAUUCAACUGCAACUGCUGAUGAUGAAUCUUCAAUUACUGAAUCUCCUUCAUCAAGCUCAUCAAAAGCUUCAAGUUCAUCUAAAGCUUCAAGCUCCUCUGAUUCUACUGAAUCUGAUGAUGCUGAAGAAUCCUCUUCUGAAUCCUCAGAUGCUUUGGGUGCUAACUUAGCUAUCCCAAUGGCUGGAUUAUUUGGUGCUGCUGUUGUUGCCUUAUUAUAA